CUUUAAAAACCCUUCUCCUUUUCCUGAAAAUCUUAUCCAUCCUAUUUCCUAUCCAUCUCUCUGUCCUCACAAGUUCGGAAGGAGAGCCAUGUCUACAGCUGCAGCCUCUUCUCUUGUUCUUCCUUCUCUCCAUCAUAAAACCCUCUCCUUCUGCAAACCUAACAAACCCAUUUCUCUCUUUUUUGUCUCUCCCGCUUCCUCUUCUCUCAGGCUCCAUGCUAAGGGCUUCAUUGCAACUCCUACACUUUUCCACUCCGUGGGAGCUCUUCGACAAUCCUUUUCCUCUCGCUUUGUUCCCAACGUCGCUGUUUCUUCUGAGUUCGGACAAGAAGAGGAGGUCACGAGCGACGGAGAUGAACCCAGUUUCUCUCCCGACCUCAAAUUGUUUGUGGGUAAUCUUCCAUUUAGCGUUGACAGUGCCCAGCUCGCUGGCUUGUUUGAAAGUGCUGGAAAUGUCGAGAUGGUUGAGGUAAUAUAUGACAAAGUAACUGGGAGAAGCAGAGGGUUUGGUUUUGUGACCAUGUCAACUAUUGAGGAAGCUGAAGCAGCUGCUCAGCAGUUCAAUGGCUAUGAACUUGAGGGUAGGGCAUUGAGAGUGAAUUCUGGACCUCCUCCCCAGAGGGAAACUUCUUUUUCUAGAGGUCCACGAGGCGGUGAAGCUUUUGAUUCAGCCAACCGAUUGUAUGUUGGUAACCUUUCUUGGGGUGUUGAUAACUUGGCACUUGAGAACUUGUUCAGUGAGCAAGGCAGGGUUGUGGAGGCUAAGGUGGUCUAUGACAGAGACAGCGGUAGAUCAAGGGGCUUUGGUUUUGUUACUUAUAGUUCUGCUGAGGAGGUUGAAACUGCCAUUGAGUCCCUGAAUGGUGUUGAAUUGGAUGGCAGAGCAAUUCGGGUCUCUAUUGCAGAAGCUAGGCCAAGGCGUCAAUUUUGAGCGUAAACUGUACUUGUUUUUCUUUCUGAAAGAAUGCUUCAGGUAUGGGCAUGAGUACUUGCAAUCAAAAACCUCAAAUUUCUGUGACAGGGAAUUGUGAGAUGAGCAACCGCAAUCUAUUGCUGUAUCGCUCUUCAAACACACGCCCAAUGCUCCUUGUUCCUAAAAUGCUUCUGAGAAUGACAGCCAUGUGCUUCUUAGACGUAUGCAUCUAGAUGAGCAAGAGCCCUGCACUGAAAUUUCUUGAUGUAUUUUUUGGGUACUCGAUCCUGAUGAAAACUGACAUAUGUAGGCUAUUUAUAUAGUUAAUGUAUCAGUUAUUUAGUUUGGCUUUCC